AUGGUGAACAACACCGUGAAGACGAACUGCCGAGUAGCCAGGGAUGGCAAGCUGUCGCUGGACGAGCUGCUGGCAGCUGCGCAUGCACACCACGAAGAAACCGAGUGGACCCGCGAGAGGAUCUUGUCCUGCCUCCAUACGUAUGAUCAGAACGGCGACGGCAUGCUGGACAGAACAGAGUGGCAGGCUGCGUGCGAAGGCGCCAUUUGGUGGCAAGCGGCAUGUGAAGGUGCCUUAUGA